AUGAAUGUCAAUAAAAAGGAUGAAAUUCCCAUAUUAUAUAGCCCAAUAGAAAAAAGCUUGUAUGGGAAAUUAAAUAACCCUAUAGAGCCAUAUAUAUAUUUAGAGAAUUCUUUAUCUUCGAGUGAAAAAAAGAAGAAAUUAAAUCGUAGAAUAAGUUUUAGUAGUUUUUCAAAUACUACUUGUAGUGAUAUAUUAAAGCUAAAUAAUUAUUUAGAUAUAAAAAGCAAUAUAUUAUUAUUAUCAUUGAACAAUUAUUCUUUUAAAGUGGGGUUAGUAAAUAAAUAUGAUUACACAUUACAAAGUUUAAGAUUACCUCAAAUGGAAAUAAUCGAAACAUGGAGGGAAUUAGGAUAUAUGUACCCUCCAUAUAAAAACUAUGAUAUUUUAGAAGAGUGUAUUUAUCAUUGUUUUAGUAAUAUAUAUAAAAUGGAUUUAAAAAAUCAGGAUUUAUUUAUCCCACUUUCUAGUAAAAAUAAUAUGAAGGAUUUUUCAACUAUUGGCGAUAUUUUAUUUAAUUCAUUUCAGGUGAAAAAUCUUGCAUUUAAAGAACCUUCAUUUGUGACUUCUUUAAUUAUAUUAGAAGAAUUAAAAAAUAUAAAAACAGGAAUACAAAUUUAUAGAGAAGAAACAAAUAAAGAAUGUGACUUUAUAUGCUAUAACGACAAUAGUAACAAUAAUGAUAUAUAUGAUGAAAAUCAAGAUGAGGAAAUAUUAAACAAGGAUAAUAUAGAUAACGAAGGAGAGGAAAGUCAGAUUGAAAGUAGUUUAUACAAUUUAGAUUCCGAUGAAAACCAUAAUAAUAAGAAACGAAAACAAAUGUCUAAUGAACAAAAUCAAAAAAAUGGCCCAAAAGAUGAUAUAAAAAAUAAUGAAAAAGAAAAGUAUUCAAAUGAAUCCUUAAUAAAACUAAAAGAAUUAGAUAUUUUUAAUUUUACAUCUCUUCUUGUAAAUAUUGGAAGUACAAAAACGACAUGCACACCCGUUAUUAAUGGAAUUCCAUUACCUGACUUAACUAACAUAUAUUACAUAGGAGGGUAUGAUAUAGAUAAUCAAAUUUUUGAUGAAAUGAAAAAAAAUGAAAUGCAUCAAAAAGAAAUCUCAAUGAAUAUAGCAAAAAUUGCAAAAGAAAAAAGAGUGUUUACUCCUCAAAAUAAAGAUGAAGCUGAAUAUUUAUCUAUACUUUAUAAUAAAAAUCCUAAAAAUUAUUUUAUAAAUUCAUAUGAAUUAUAUUUUAACAAAAUAUUUGCAUCCGCAGUAAAUUCAACAGAAAUUUUUUUUUCACAAUAUUAUUUAGAUAAAUAUUUAAAAACAGACUCAUAUAAUAAUUUGCAUAAAUAUGACAUUAAUUUUAAUCCAAUUAUUACACAAACAACUUUGCCUUUAGCUAUUUAUAAUACAAUACAAAAAUGCCCUAUAGAUUUCAGAAAAGAGUUAUUUAAUAAUAUUUAUCUUACAGGCGGUUCGAGUAUUAUACCCGGAUUUAGACAAAGGCUAGAAAAUGAGUUAUACGAAUUUAUUAAUAGUAAAGAAUUUUACAAUAAAACAGUAAUUAAUGUUCAUGCUCUGAAAAGGAAACUUUUACAAAAAUAUUCCAUAUAUGUUGGAUCGCACUAUUUUUUAGAAUUUUUUGAUUAUUAUAAAUAUAAUAUAAGUAAACAAGAUUACGAGGAAUAUGGGGAAAGUAUCCUCGAAAAAUUAAGCUUACAAGGAAAGUUAUUGUAUUAA